AGACGUUGGCUUCUGGUAUUGCCAGGCAGGGCAUUUUCGCGUUAGAAAGGCGCUUUCCCGCCCGUUGUCGCGGGAGCUGACAGAAGGGCGGAAAUGGAGGAAAGCGGGCUUCCAGAAUGCAUAGAGAAAGAACCUUUGAAGGAGAACUGGAGUUCAUACAACACACUUGUAAAUCAACACAGGACCAAAAUGAAAGAGCUAUUACCGUGCCUUAAAGGGAAGUCUCAGGAUAACUCUCUAGAAGAAAGCAUGAGUGAAAGUGAAACAAAAUGGUUGUGGGAAGGAGUUAUUAAUGAAAAAGCCACUUUUCGGAAAAAGCUCCAAGAAGCAGAGCUGGCUAUUGGCUCAGCUGAAAUGUUUUUGCCAUCAUUUAAAGAAGCUCUUGAUAGAAUUACAAAAGGUUGUUAUGUUUCUGCAUCAGAUAUGAUAAAGAUUUCUAUGCAAGCGGAUUUACUGGUAGAGGAGUUACAGGCUCUCAAAAAUAUGAAGGGAUGGUUACGUCAGCUCCUUAAAACAAGCAAGGAAAAAGAAUUAACCAGUAAACAGGUUGAAGACUUAACACAGAAGUUAACUGAAAGUGAAAGUGAAGCUAUAGAUCUUAAAAAUGAAAUUCUUCAAAAAGAGAGGUUAAUUUUAGAGCUUUCUACUCAACUUCAACAAGAGAAAGCUGAUGUACUAAAAGCAUCACAUCAGGCAGAAUUGGUACAAGUAGUACAAAAUCACCUGCAAUGCCAAAUAGAGAAAAAGGAGGCAGAGAAUAACCAACUGAGAACAAAAAUUCAGGUUAUAGAAAAGAAAAUUAAUGAAUGGAAGCAACAGGUUGGAGAACAGAAACAGCAGAUUUUUGCUGAAAAGGAAAGAAGAAAGGAGAGGAAGGCUGCACUGAUAAAAGCAGCUAGUGUUCAGAAACAAAGAGCUGAACAUUUGGAAGCUGCUGUGGAAAACUUAAUUUCCAAAAUUAAGGAAAAGGAAAUCCAAUUGUCUGAGGCACUUACAACUUCUAAUGUCUGGAAGAGUCAUCAUCAGACAGUGAUAGAUGAAAAAAACAGGUUAGAAGUUCAAGUUGAAACUUUGAAAAAGCAGAUGGAAGACCAUUUGAUGGAACUACGAGGAAUAAAAGAUAAUGGGAGGAAGUCCAAGGGAGAGAUUCUUGGAAAGCUUAAUUCUGUCCUCUCUGAAAAUGAAAAUAUUUCUCUUGAAAAUACAAAAUUAAAGGCAUCCUCUGCUGCUUUGGAAGUGAAUAUUUUGUCUGCAGAAGCUGAACUCUUGGACUUGCAUGAAGAAGCAAAACAGCAAGAGAAUCUGGUUAACCAAUAUAAGGCUGAGGUGCAGAAAUUAGAAACAGAGGGUGAAGAAUUGAAAGCCAGAUAUGAAAAGGUCAUACAUGAACACAGAAAGUUAAUGGAAGUCAAAGAUUUAGAAAUGGAUACGAUGAGGGGCCAGACGGAGGCUCACUUGAAGGAGUUAGAACAUAUCCGUGAUUUACAGAAAGCAGCUGAAGGGAAACUGCAGAAGUGUCAAGAAAGCCUGCUGUCAUGCCAAAAGAGCUGUGUAGAUAAAUCCAAAGCCUUUAGGGAACUACAGGUUCAGGUAGUUCGCAACUUUGAGCUGGGUUGUCUCCAGUAUGCAGAUGACAUCCAGCUGUUGAUGGAUGGCCAGUCUGAUCCCACUCCAGAUUCCUUGGCUAAGGGUCUUGAGACUGUGACAGCUUGGUUACAUCAGAGUCUCCUGAAAUUGAAUCCCCUGAGGACGGAGGUUCUGUGUCUGGGUCAUGGGACGAUGGAGUUGGGGACCCGGCUCCCAACCCUUGACAAGGUCGACAACGAUGAUGAUUUCUUGAAACACCAUUCCUUGGAAGAUGAAAAUUACACCAUGCAGAUGAAGUAUGAAGAAGCUCAAAGAAAAUUAGAAGAAAUGGAAUUACAAAACAAAAGACUUGAAAAUCAGCUGGUGAACCAAGAAGAGAAUCUUCAGAAAACUGAAUUGCAGUUCAAACAAAAGCUCUCAUGUUGUGAUGCUUUGACCAGACAACUGGAAGCUGCUUUGGAAGAUGGACGUAAAAAGCUAGCCGAAGAGGUAGAAAAAAUUUCAUCCAAAGAGCAGGCCCUUCAGUUGAAAAUGUUGUAUCUAGAAAAUCAACUAAGACAGAAAAAAGAAGAACAUAAACAACUAGCUAGGACACUGAAUAUUAGUGAAAAACAUCAUGAAGUAUGCUUGAAGGAACUAGAACACAGUCUUCAAAAAUCUGAAAACCAGAACCAAAGCAUCCAGAAUUAUGUACAAUUUUUGAAAACCACUUAUGUAACAAUGUUUGGCUAAUGUUUUUGUUCCUUUCAAAAACAUUAGCACAUGGUGGAUUCACAUAUAUGCUUACCUCAUCAGAGCUCCUUUUUAAAAAACCUGUUACUUUCUUCAACAUGGAUACAAACCUCUGAAGUUUGUAAUUGGCAGUACACCACUGAGAAACCGCUUCUGCAGUUGUAUAAAAAAGUGGCUAUUUCUCAUUUUGGAUUUGACAGAUUCAGGCUAGGUGAUCUCUGUGGAUGAUGAUAUGAAUAUUGGAACGAUGGCAGUAUUGUCCUUGUGUACACAAACCCAUAUAGGACUUCUCUGUAGGCUCUGAACUGCCCACCCCCCAGCUUGAGUGAGGAUGGUCACUUAUUCAGAAGCAUCAGGAUUAGGGGCAAUAAGGAAGCAGGAACGUGGCACAAGCUUGGAAAGUGAGUUAUUUGUCAGUCACUGUACCUCUCUGAUGAACAUACUUCUGCUUCAAUACGAGUUUUAGCUACUUAAUUCACACACCUGAAUUAAGUGUAGUAGUAUGAAUCAACAGCCCAGUUUAAUACAGAUUGUAUUGAUGAUAGAUUAAGGAUAAACAAAUGAAAGCUCAUCUUAUUUUCACAGAUCUCUCUAUAAAUAAUUAAAAUCAGAUGUAAUAUUACUAAUAAUAGCAGGUUUUAAAAUUUAUAUAUUUUAAAUCAUAGAAGGCUUUUAGAUUUAUGACUGAGUUGAUCUUGUUUAAGUUAGCAUUAGCACAUUUUAAGAACCAAAUUGUGUUCAGUAUAAAGAAAGUCAUUGAUCAGAAAAUUGCUCUCGUAUACACACAUAUAUGUAAAAAAAGUAGCAUGGAGAGAAUUUCCAUAAAAAGUUUCAUCGUCCCUAAACAAAAGGGUUUUUUAACCUAGGGAAAUUGGUGUCCAGUAAAAACUUUCUUAUUACAUUUUUUCAUGUUGCAGAUUUCUUGCUUUUUGAUAUUCUUAACUAAAAUAGUUUCUAAAGUACUGUAUGUGACAUUAGUGGUACUAAGAAAAUGUUUCAGUUAUGUUUGUUUGUUUGUUUGUUUGUUUGUUUGUUUG